UGAAAGAUUAACAAGUGCCAUGCGUUUUGGUUACUUUCUGUUACUUAUCAGCUUAUUGCUGCAGCUCCAACACAAUGUGUCAUUAUUCCCGGGAAAUAUAGUUAAUCACUACUAUUUGAACAAGCAGCGCUUUCUGCUGGAAAUGUUGCAUCAUCUCCAUGAGCCCUUGCUGCACGAACAGUGGCUGGGGUUGGGGCAACAAAUUGUCACCGACAAGUCGCAAUAUGUGCAUUACAAUUAUCACAUGGUGCAGUUUUAUCAGCUGCUGAGCAAUGGACGCUUGCUGCCACGCGAUGUUUACUACAAUCCCCAACAGCCGGAGCAUUAUCAGCAGACCUUGGGACUGUUUCACUUCUUCUACAAUACACGGGAAUGGAGCACGCUGAGACAGAACAUUUGCUGGGCUCGGAUCUUUGUGAAUCCUGGACUCUUUCUCUAUGCGCUGAUGCAGACACUGAUGAAGAGAGAUGAUUACCGUGCGUUGAUUGUGCCCAAAAUCUAUGAGCUGCUCCCUGCUCCCUAUUACGAUGAGCAGCUUGUCCACACAGCAAUUAGUUUCAACUUUGCCAAUCAAGUGUGGGAGAAUGAAACUGAAUCAAAGUUGCAGAAAUCAAAGCAGUUGUUGCCACUAAACUUGGAUGGAGAGCUGCGCAAUACGAGCAAAUGGAGCGAAGCCAUGUCCGAGGUGCAAAUACUCAGUUUGAAGCCGAACGAGGAAGCCAAAGGACUCGCGCUGCUAACUGAGGAUCCUGGCUGGCGUGCCUAUUGGUAUUCCAUCAACAUGGCCACAUCAUUGAUAGAGGAACCACAGGAAACUGAACGUCUUCGAGAUUGGUGGUAUUGGCAGCUGAGUCAACUUCUGGCACGCUACAAACUGGAACGCUAUGGACAGCGAAUAGAAUACAGAAGAUUGUUGGAAAGUGAAAAGUUAAAGACUUCUAAAACUCGCACUUGGCUGUAUCAACGUUAUGGAGAUAAAAGUGAAGACAUUGCGGAGCAGCUGAAGAAAUGGGAGUUUAAAGUUGAGGAAGCACUGGCAACAGGAUCUUAUCAACUAUCAAAUGGCAGCACAAUUGAUCUAAGUCACGGUCAAAAUUGGCAAAUAGGCUUGACUGAACUAUUUCCUUAUGAUCUGAAUCAACUGCAAUUGCAUUUCAAGUUUCCCAAGGAGCCGCAACAACUUUUGGAUCUGCACACAAUGCUGGGAGAUCACAAAUUUUAUACAUUUGCUGAUCGCAUAUUGCGUUUUUAUAGAGCUUAUCGCGCUGCCUUUCAACCGGAUUAUACUCAGCAAAUUAAACCCACUGAAAUGCAACUGCUGCAAGUGCAAGUGAGUCCGCUGAUUACCUACGAAGAGUCUGUUGACUUUGACAUUAGCAAUCUGCUGCAUACGCGACACUUUUACUUUGACAAUCAAUUUGUGUGGCCACAAACGUUGCAAGUGCGUCGCCAGCGCUUGCAACAUCAACCAUUCACAAUCAACUUUCAGCUGGAGAGCAACAAGACGCAGUCGAUAAUAUUGCGUACAUUUCUGACCACAGCUGGAGGAGAUUUGCACGAAGAACCUUUCUAUCAGCUGGACGCCUUUUUGACUGUGCUGCAUGCGGGCAACAAUACGAUUACCAGGGAAUCGGUUGACUUUGCCGGCACUGUUGGGGAUCAUCUCAGCUUCACUGAACUUUAUCACUAUGUGCGUUUGGCUGAGAGGGAUGAGUUUGAUUUCCCACUCAAUAUUACAAUACCGAGUUGUGGUUUUCCUCGCCGUUUGUUGCUGCCCCAAGGUGACAUGAAGCAGCCACUUGCAAUGCGUCUUUUUGUGCUUGCCACGCCCUAUAACUUCAAGGCAAGGCAGGAGCAAGAACUGAUCUGUGACUUUAGCAAUGGAGUUAGCAGCUGGGAUGAAUUGCCUUUCGGUUAUCCUUUUGAGCGACAGCUGGAGGAGGAAAGUGAGUUCCUGGGUGAAAAUGCAUUAUUUCAAGCAGUCGAAAUUGUGCAUGAAGAUCGCAGUUCUUUAACUAAGCAAUGAAUUGUAACGUUAGAAUUGUCCCUUCCCCCCUCGUAGAUUUGCCUUGUUUGGUGGGGCAGUCCAUAAAUAAAAUGUAAGUCCAAUAUACCGUUGCAGUCCAUUUUGUCUAAUCC